AUGGCGAUUCUUGACUCUAAAAGUGACAAUUCACACAACAACACCAACAAUGGAGGUAAUGCUGAUAAUUCUGAUCCUUAUUUCAUUGCCAAUUCUGAUCAUCCUACUUCUUCAUUGGUUGUUGUGUUGUUUACUGGUGUGAAUUUUGUUAGAUGGAGUAGAAAUGUUAAACGUGCCUUAGUAGCUAAAAAUAAAGAAGGAUUCAUAAAUGGUGACAUAACAAAACCAGCUGUAAAUCACAAAGAUUAUAUAAAAUGGAAACGAACUGAUUUCAUGGUGGUUAGCUGGAUAUUGAGUUCAAUGAAUCAUGAUCUGGCUGAUGAUUUUGGUUACAUUGAUAAUGCUGCUGAUCUGUGGUGUGAAUUGAAUGAGAGAUUUGGACAAUCAAAUGGUCCAUUAGUUUACCAACUGAAGAAAGAAAUUGAGAAUCUGACACAGCAGAAUAUGACUAUUGUGGCUUAUUAUGGUAAGCUCAAGAAACUGUGGGAUGAAAUGCAAAAUUUAAGAGCAUUUCCUAGCAGUACAUGUGGAGCAAUGCUGCAAUGUAGCUGUCAGUUUAUGAAAAAGGUUGCUGAGUUUGAGGAAGAGGACAAGAUGAUGAAGUUCUUGCUUGGCCUAAAUGUAGGAUUUGAUAACACUGUGACAAAUGUUGAUCCCUUGCCUAACAUCAACAAGGUUUUCUCAAUAACACAACAAAUUGAGAAACAGAAGGAAUUGAGUGGUGCUACUGCAGAUUGCAAUGCUAUGACAAGCAGUGCUAUGGCUGCUCAAGCUUACAGAGGAAAUCAAUCUCAGUUACAGAAGAAUAAUACUGGAUCAGGCAAGAAAGAUUGGAAAGAAAUCAAGAGGGAAAAGAUGAAUCGUGUUUGUACUCACUGCAAAGGGAAAGGUCACACUGCUGAUCAAUGUUUCAAACUCAUAGGGUAUCCUGAUUGGUACAAUUCCAUAAAAGCUUCUAAGGGUCAAAAUUCCACAGGAAACAGACUUGCAGCACAUGUCAAUUACAAUGCUGAGAUUGGAGAUGAACCACUAGGUAAUGCAGACAAUGAGAAUGGAAUGGUUAACAAUGAGAUGUUGAAUGCUAUUUGUCAAGAAGUGAUGAAAGUGAUGAAGGGAAAACAGAAUCAGGGUACUGAAACAAGUGGAGCUCAUUGUUCUUAUGCCAAUUAUGCAGGUAUAAUUUCUCAUUCUUUCAAUUGUACUGUGGAUAAAUUGCAUGAUGCAAGUGUGUGGAUAGUUGACUCUGGUGCAUGUGAUCAUAUGACUUAUGAUAAAACCAUAUUAACCAACAUCAGAACCCUGACUAAGCCUAUCAAAGUUGGUCUACCUGAUGGUUCUCAAUUGAAUGUAGACACCAUAGGAGACACUGCUUUGAGUACCAAGCUGGUUCUACAUAAUGUUCUGUUGGUUCAGGGUUCCAAACAUAACCUUUUGUCAGUUGGAAGGUUGAUUGAGCGUACUAAUCUGCAUGUCUUAUUCACUGGUGCUGGAUAUACUUUCCAGGACCCUGCUAAUUCUGAGUUGCUUGGUGCUGGCAAAAGAACAAAUGGUCUAUACUACUUUGUACUACCUUCUCAUGCUGGUUUCUCCACAGGUACUGUCUCCAAACAAUCAAAUUGUAAUAAUGUAGAGAACAUGACUGAUUCUAGUGUUAUGGUUCUUCCAAAUAAGACUGCUACUAGUGCUUCACAGGCAAAAAUGUCAACAGAAAAUAAGAUUCACAUGUUUCAUCCUAGACUAGGCCAUCCAUCUUUGUCUAAAAUGAGAUACAUUGAUGCUGAUUGUUGUAAAGGUCUAUCUGAAUACAACUGUGUUACGUUGUGUGCUAUCAAGCAAAACAUCAUAAACUGCCUUUUGCUGUUAGUACAAAUAGAGCUGAUGCAUGUUUUGAUUUGA